AGAACCUGGAGGAAGAACGUGUGUGUUUGGGUCCACCCUGAGAACUUCUUAUCGCUACGCAACUUAGGAAUCAUACUGAACAGGAGUUAUCUACAGAACAACCUGCUCUGAGAGAUGCUAUGGAUCUGCCAGUAUGGGUAAAUGGAGAACAACUCUGGAUCAAGGGUGUAGAAAAAAAAACCACCUGCGAUGACAUCAUCAAAGUCUUACUAGGUCAAGAAUACGAAGAAUAUUCGCUUUAUGAAAAAUGGAAAGGAGUAGAAAGAAAGCUUCGAGGCGUUUCCAAAGUUUGGAAAAUCUGGAAAGAAUGGGGGGACGCUCAAGAUGAAGUAAAGUUAACUCUUAAAAGAGCACAGGAACGAGAUGGGAGGGAGAGCCCUCGACUCAAGUCUAGAAGUAGGCACAGAAAAUCUGAACAUGGUCACAGGAGGUCUAACUCGAAGCCUCAGAGCAUUGAAUUGUUAUUAAAAUUGAUCUUAAUCCAAGGAGAAACAAUACAGAAUCAGUUAAAGAAGUUGAAAGAAAAAGAAGAAGAAAUACGUCAAAUUGAAGAAGACAAACACAAAGAAAGAGUAAAUGCACUAGGUUCUAAUUACCUUUUGGACUCCUACUUUGAAAAAGAGACUGACAGUGGCAUGGUAACAGAAUACCCUAGUGAAAACACUCCACCUGAAGAAGAAAAAGAAUAUGAUCCUAAUAUUAGAACCAAACUGGAACUUUGGGAGAAAAUAGCUAAACUGAAUCGAAAGAUAGAAAAAGAAGAAGAAACCUUAGUUAAACUAUUUGUAGCUCUAAGAGAGUUUGGAGAAAAUGAAGUUAUAAAGGAGUUAAAACGUCUUAGAAUCGAGUCAGACCGCUUCAAUAAAGAAUUAGAAUCGAACAAAGAAAAUUUAGUCGUGAUUGAAAACACAUUAAGUGAGAGGAAAAAGUAUCUUCAGAACUUAUAUACUGAACUUGAAGAAAGUGAGCAAGAGACAGUAAGACUUCUUGAAAUAAUCCAAUCUUAUUCAUGUGUGCCUCAAAAUAUUUCAUGUUGGAUUGAUGGGGAAAAUGGGAGAGAUUGUAUUCUUGAUGCAAUCGUUUAGUUAAUUAUAAAAUUAAUAAAAUAAUUAAGUUAAUUAUUUUCAAUGGAUUUUUUUUUUCACUAGUUCUUGAUCACUUUAUUCAUUUUCAAAUAAUAUGAUUAGCACUUAUUAAUUUCUUGGCUUACUCUGUUAUACGUUCUUGUUAUAUAUAUGUAGUUGAACUUACUAAAAUUUCUUUUAACAUCAGUG